ACUGUGAUAGGUUUUGUUGUUUCAUUACAUUUCAAAAACUUGACCUUUUCCUUCGAAGCUCAGUUUAUGGUUUAAAUGAGUUUUUCAAGCUUUCUAAUUCACUUUAUUUGUUUGCACGUUCUUGUGCAUUUCUACUCAGUUACAUAAAGGUCCAAUUGUUUUUAUUGUAACACUUGGGUAGCUUUGAACAUACAAGCCAGAUUACAGUAAGGAUUUCAACCCAACAGGAUUACCUCUAGAUUUAAGCACCUUAUUUAGUUCCAAGCAAUGAAAAUCAGCAGUAAGCUUGUCUGUGGAAAGUGUAUAUAAAGGCUGUCACGGACACGGGACUCAUUCUGGUGGAUAACCAUUGAAAAAGUCCUUGAGUUUCGUUCAUUGUUGCAUCUUUCAUCUCAAACAGGUAAGACACUCAAAUUUACGCUUUUUUGAAGACAUAUGAAUCACCUCAAAAUUACUCACUCAGAGAUUUUGUGCAUAUUAACAAAUCAACAGAGUGAGAGCUGUAAAUGUUGUUUCAUCAAUGUUAUCACUUUUGCAGAGACGAGCAGGAUGAUCAAAGUAGCAUUUUGUAUAAUAGAUAUUUGAUCCCUGAAAAAGGUUUCUUAAGGAUGCCGUGGUUGUCUAACACACUAUAGGCUCUGCACAACACAACAUGGUGUUCAUGUAUUUAUAGCAUAAUAGAGGUUUUUCAGUCCAUGUUCAACUUCCUCUUGGAUGUUGUUGCCCUAAAUCCAUAUAACUAAUCAGAGGUAACCUCACAAUCUGUGUCUUGGGCUGAUACUUUUGAAUUUUGAUUUUAGGAUGGGCGCCUAUAAACUGGCCCUGCUGCUGGUCAUUCUGUCCUGCGUCGAGCGCAGUUUGUCUGCCUCCUGUGUCGUUGAUAGCUUCACAGUCAAAAAGGACUUUGAACCCAAAAGGGUGAGUAGUUUGAAAAUUAAAAGCAGUAUACCUAUAUGUGUAAAAAGUUCCAAAGAAAGGUGUGUUUAUAAAGUCUGUUUUUUGUCCCUGGUUUGGUAGUAUGUAGGAAAAUGGUACGCACUACAGAAGAAAGAUCCAGAAGGCCUCUUCCUGCAGGACAACAUCUCAGCUGAAUACACGAUCGAUGAUGAUGGCUCCAUGGUCGCCUCCUCCAAAGGACGGGUCACUCUGUUUGGGUGAGUGAGAAUGACGGAGAGAGACUUCUAAAAAACAGUAAAAAAAAGUUCACUUUUAAGAAAGUAAAACCAGCUGAUGAUCAUGAUGAUCAUCUUAUUAGGGCAAAGGGCCAGUCUGGUCACAAAGACCUCCUUGACACUAAGACCCCGAGGGAUAAGCUCUGGUCAGCAGUUAAGAAAGAUGUCAGGAUCUUGCUCAGCAUCCACCUGAAGACUUAAGUGAGGAACAUGUGUAAUUUUCUGGAAGCACAUUCUGAACAGCAUUAGCGUCAAACUGAGUUUCCCUGGAUUAUGUGGGAUUAGGAGAAAAUGCGGGUUGAAGAGGUGGGUUUUUACACAGGAAUGUGGUCUUAGGUGCACUUUACAAAGAAACGUAAGAACUUCAGCUGAUUUAAGUCCUCAUGACAUGGUCAGAAAGGUACCUAUGCUUUGUUUACAGAAAUGUUUGUGUAUUCUGAAAGUGAAUGCUUCUAAUACAGCACCUUAUAAUUGAAUGAAUUCGGGUUUACAAAAUUAAAAGAUUGUGUUCUGAGGAAACAGGAUCAUGGUUUUUACUUAAAUACUGUCUUACUUAUCAGAAAGUAUCUGUUUGUUUAGUCAAGUUAGAGUUUUCUUUAUAGUGUUGUAAACAUAGAAGAGAAAAUAGAGUUAUAUCUGAGCGCAUUUGUAUCAGCAUCUGAAAUCACUUUGGUGUUAAUCGAUCAGCUUCCUGAAUUAACCUCAGUAUUGCUCAUGCAGUUCUCUUCCAUCUAGAUUUAAGAGAAAAUGUAUAUAAAGUUAAUUUCAUAAAGACCACCGUAUUUGCCUAGAAUAGAGGAGAGAGAGGAAACACAAUCUUAGACAAAGAUUUGUUCUGGCCAGAGAAUCCCAAACUUUCUCAUGAACUUUUGUCUCCACUCUGCAUCAAAAAUAUAAAUUUCUCUCUUGUGAUGCUAAUUUUGCUCAUCCUGCUGCAGCUUUUGGGUUGUGUGUGCUGACAUGGCUGCCCAGUACACAGUCCCUGACCCUGGCACCCCUGGCAAGAUGUUCAUGAACUACCAGGGCCUGGCCACCUACUUGUCCAGUGGAGGUUAGCUGUGCACCAAUUCACCCUUUACUCUGUCUUACAUCCUCAUUCCCUAACCCUGUUCAAACUGAGUCUUUCUUUCUUGUGUAUCAAGGUGACAACUACUGGGUAAUCGACACUGAUUACGACAACUACGCCAUCACCUACGCCUGCCGCACCCUGAAGGAAGACGGCAGCUGCGAGGACGGCUAUGCCAUUAUCUUCUCCAGGAACCCCCGCGGCCUGCCUCCUGCCAUACAGCGCACCAUCCGCCAGAAACAAGAAGAAAUCUGCAUGGCUGGAGAGUUUCAGCCUGUCCUGCAGUCUGGAGCCUGUUAAGGAAAAAGAAAAAACAACGAGGAAGAGUGUGAAGCUGAGCAGGAGAGCAAGAGGAAGGAGAAUGAGAGACUGCAUGUGACAAGUGGACGGAUACAAAUAUAACAAAAAAAAUGAAUGAAGCUUCAAGACUGAUAAAUCUGCAAUGUUUAUCCCCAGUUCAAAGAUUUCAUCUGUUUUUUUUUUUUAAAUCCUUUUCCUCCUUUAUCACUCUGUGUUCAUCCAUUUACUGAUGCUGUGGUGUUUCAGCAAAUGUGAGACUCAAAAAUAAAAUAUUUUUAUAACUGAAUGUCA